GCGAUGACGGCCGGUGACGUCAUCUGAUCUCCUCACGCCGGAGAGAGAAAGUCACUCGAGGCGCGCGCACGGACGUCCGCGUCGCUGCCCUGGUGCGCGUGCGUGUCUCGGGUGAAAGUUCGGCAGCUGAUGACGGGCAAGCAGGUCGCCGUGGUUACGGACAGUCCAAGGUGCACGAUGGGAUCUUUCCGGCGCUCCAGGCCUCGCUUCAUGAGUUCUCCGGUUCUGUCCGACCUGAGCCGCUUCCACGCCCGAACCGACACGCCGCCCGCCUGCGCCAGCGCCAUCUGGAACAGCAUCCAAUCAGCUGUAAUGAAAAUCUUCAGAGGCGGAGCUUUGCAGCCGAACGAGCUCUACACGCUUAACGAGAACAUCAGGUGGCUGCUGAAGAGCGAGAUGGGUUCCUUCGUCACAGAUUACUUUCAGAAUCGUCUGCUGAGCGGCGGUCUGACGGAGCUCGCGCGGCGCAUCUUCAUCUCAGGCGGAGAGCGGCUGGCGGCGGUGGCCGAGGCCUGGCGGCGCUUCUUCACCGAGACGCUGCCCACCCUGCAGGCCAUUUUCUACCCCAUACAGGCGUGUGUGCACACUCGCACGCGUGGGAUUUGGUGUGUGUGUGUGCGUGUGUGUACCUGUGCGUGUAUGCUUUUUGCGCGUACCUGCGUGUGCAUGCGUUGUUGUUUGUGCGUCACGUUUGUGUCCCUGUGUACGUACGUUUGCGCGCACGCAGGGUCAGGAGCUGUCCGUCAGGCAGAUGGCGCUGUUGUCAUUCCGAGACUUGGUGCUGCUCGAGCUCCCCCUGGAGGACAGCCUAGGAAGCGCGGGCAGCGUGCCGCCGGCCGUCACGCACAUGCUGCUGGUGCUGCAGGGGGUGCGCGAGCGCGGUGCAGCGUCCAGCUCACGUUACCGCCAUCUGGAGCGUCUGGCGGCCACGGUGGUCUCGCCGUACCUCGAAGACGAGCUCCGUCCCUCAGAGUGCGACGGCGGUCCGCCCCGGUCGCUUGGCGACGGCUCCCGCGCCGACACGUGCUCGUCUUUGGCGCCCCUGGCGGAGCAGGAGGGCGAGGCCUACCUGGAGAAGGCGGGCGGCGCGCGGCGCCACACGGUGGCCGACGCGCACUCCGACGCGUGCCUGCUCGCCGGUAGGAUGCGGCGCGGGACCGAGGCGCGCGGCGGCGGACCGGCCCGGACCGCCGGGCACCUCUGCGGCCGACCCGACGUCAAGGACUCUCGACGUUAGCGGCCGGGAAAGGAAGUACGCUUGGAAAGGACAGGAAGUACAAGUGCGGGAAACUGAAACUGUAUUCAAAUGAAAAGUGCAAGCUAACGGCUAACAGACUAGCUGGGGAGGGAGGGCAGUGUUGCUAACGACAUACGCGGAAGAAACGGCGAGGAUGACACUUGACGACACGAGAUGAAAGAUGAAGAUACGACGAUGAGGAAUGAGAAUAGGAUGAAAAUGCCGAUGAAACGCGAGAACGAGAGAAUCGAACACGACCAGAGGAGAUGAGAACAUGCGAUGAAAUAGGAGAAUAGGACAGCGAAAGAUCCGAGUUUCCCAAAUACCAACUUAGCCUGACAAAAAGCAACGGAGCGCACUCGUAGCUAGAGCGACAGGAACAAAUGCAAAUAAAGAGCGACCUUUAGCUUGA